AUGCUCGUCCUGCCCCUCCUCCUGCCCCCAGCCCCACCCAGGUCUGUCACUGGAGAGGCCCAGGCCUCGCAAUCACGGAGCAGCAAACUUCGCUGGCUGGGGUCAGCCCGGCGCACGGGCUGCGCAGGAGCAGUCGACGUGGAUGAGUGCUCAGAGGGCACAGAUGACUGCCACAUCGAUGCCAUCUGUCAGAACACACCCAAGUCCUACAAAUGCCUCUGCAAACCAGGCUACAAGGGGGAAGGGAGGCAAUGUGAAGACAUUGACGAGUGUGAGAAUGACUACUACAACGGGGGCUGUGUCCACGAGUGCAUCAACAUCCCAGGGAACUACAGGUGUACCUGCUUUGAUGGCUUCAUGCUGGCACACGAUGGACACAACUGCCUCGAUGUGGAUGAAUGUCAGGACAACAAUGGUGGCUGCCAGCAGAUCUGUGUCAAUACCAUGGGCAGCUACGAGUGUCAGUGCCACAGUGGCUUUUUCCUUAGUGAUAACCAGCAUACCUGCAUCCACCGCUCCAACG